AUGAGCGAUGAAUACUGGGGCAUGGCGUUUAAGCAUGCAACAACAAUCCACAACGUGUCGCCAACGCAAGCUCUUGGAGGAGAGGCACCGUUCACGAUCCUCUGCGGGCGUCCCUUCGACGUCAACCAACUCAAAGUAUUUGGUGCAAAGGCGUAUGUACAUGUCCCCAAAGCUUCCCGUCAUAAGCUUGGGAAACGUGCACGUACCGGCAUAUAUGUCGGAUUUGACCAUGAGAGCCAAUCACACCAAGUGUGGGUACCUCAAACCAAACAGAUGGUCAACACAAUUCAUGUCAAGUUCAAUGAGGUGCAGACCAAUGAUAUCACACAGUCCCUUGAGGCGGCGCGUGAAACGCGCCGAUAUACUGAGCUCACACCAACUGUGAGUGAAGAGAACGCACUUCAUGCGGCAAGCGACAAGCAGUCACGCAUCUGUGCAUCGGCUGCGGGGGAGAAUGCCACCAAUACAUCCUCAGCACAGACACCUCAUGACGGAGAUGCACCAGAUGUUGACACUGCGCUGCAAUCCGAUGAAAAGGAACAAUGGCUCGCAGCCAUUACUGAGGAAGCAUCAGCACUUGAAGCCAACCAUGUGUAUGAAGUUGUGCGCGCAGAUCAGAUACCAAAGGGUGCCAAACUCCUACCAAGCAAAUUUGUGCUCAAGCGAAAGCGCGACCAAAACGGAACUGUGCAAAGGUACAAGGCACGGCUGGUUGCGAAAGGGUAUUCGCAGAAACAUGGAAUCGAUUACCAAGAAACGUUCGCUCCAACAACGAGCAAGACUGCUCUUCGCACCAUGCUUGCAAUGAGUGCAGUCGAAGGCAUGUACAUGCUGCAGCUGGAUAUUGUGACGGCGUUUCUCUAUGCGGAAAUCGACAUGGACCACGUUUACGUCAAGCCUCCACACAUUAUGGGUCUGUUCAACAGAGAUGAAGUGCUGCACCUCAGAAAGGCACUAUAUGGGCUCAAACAAGCACCGAGGCUAUGGAACACGAAACUGGAUCGCUGGUUGAAAGACAGUGGGUUUACACAGGCCAAGUCUGAACAGUGUAUCUACAAACGAGUACACAUGAUCAAGACGACAAAGUGUGGGUGGCGAUCUACGUAG